AUGGUAAUUAGUGCAACUGUUUUUCUUUGGCUGUUGCCAGUGAUUGUAUUCGCAGCAGCCUUGGAAGAAUUUGGAGGGUAUGAUUACACGAAACCUACGUGUCCGUUGGCAUAUCCUUCAACAGUUACAACCACAGUGCCCGUAUUGGAAUAUAUUACAGUGAAAGAAUACGAAACCCGAACAAUUUAUAGUGUUUUAAAACCGAAAACGAUUAUAUCGUCCGUGAUAGUGUCAAUAACAGCAACAGCUGUGACUACAGUGACACAUUAUCAGACGCAAACAAAUUAUAGAACUAUAAUUAACAGUGUAACUGAAACUUUGCCCGCCGUCACUGUUGUUUCAACAACAGUGCAAACAAAGUGGAGUGCAUCGCCAUAUCCUGUAACUACGACGGAGUUUUCCACUGAGAGAAUCAUUUUAACGGAAACACGCACUCAAUUCAACACCGCAAUUUCCACCGUGCAACUGACCAAAACCGAAACGCUUCCUGUUACAACCACAGUCACAACCUCUGUAUGUACCCCGAACAAUGCUUACCUUCCCGUGCAGAACAAUCCAACCUGCCCUCCACCACCACCGGUGAGGACUUACCUUCCUGAGGAUUUAUCCCCACCGGAAAUAGCUCCGUCCCUCAGAGCUUUGGAAAUUGUCGUAACGACAACUCCAACGAUCACUCGUACAGCCACUGCCGUCCCAGAAACGGUUACCACAACCGUGCCAGCGACCGGCCAGGCCGCUAAAACCGUCACCGUGACCCUUGAACCGUCCGAAACUAGUACACGAGUAGUCAGAUCAACCAGCACGGUGCUCAGCUAUUUGGAUCCAACUAUCGUCAGUCGCACGGUUAAACCAACCUCGACCAGUUACAUUUCGAAGGAGCCAGUAACAGUAACGCUUACUCGUAUCAAAACUUCCUCGGUGAUUCUAUUCGAUCAACGUGUUACGAAAAGUGUGACCGUUACGCCCACGCUGACCACUUACAUAUACCGUGAUACGGUGACUAAAACUUUGCAGCCGAGCGCUGCUGUCGGAUAA